AUGGUUAGUACAGCAUGCCAAAUUGACCCUUGGGUGCCAGAGUGUUCCUGUGCUGCGGUGGAGAAGAGGUCCACCAGGACAAUCACUAAAGAGCUCGAGGCCCAGCUAGAUUGCGCUCACGACCAUCAGUAUACAACCGAGUCCUGCCCCUAUACGCUACAGAUGGAGCUGACGGAGAGUGAGAGCGAGAUCAGUGAAGACCAUAACUCGCUGUAUGAACCUGAGAGCUCAGAAUCAAAAUCAUCCCAGUGCGAGCCAAGAUAUACUAUCGAAGAGUGUGUGCAAGAUCCGAAAUACAUAGUCUUUGAUAGCAAGCUGAAGGAGUUGUUCAGUGUCUGA